CUAUCACUACAAUAUUGCCCCCAUACCUGAUCAAAUCAGCGAUUAACUCCUGUGGGUAUUAGUACUAGCAGUUUCUGACUGAUCGCUGUGCUUGUCUCGCCAGCCGCCUCCCAGUAAUUUCGAGUCGUCGCCUAAAGCUGCAAGUUUCUGAACAGCUCCUCUGCGAAUCGGCCGUCAUCUCCGCGCUCUCCGGUGACCGGUGAGGCCAGUACACCCUCCAGUUUGCUCACACAAGCUAGGCUCGCCGUAUUUGACCGCGAAGUAGUCCGUGGCCUCCUUCUAUGCUUUUGCCGGAGUUCUCGCACCAUGCCGCCCCAUCUUGAUUUGCUCCUGCUAUGGCUCCUCGUCGUAUCCGCGCCCGUGCUAGCCAGCGCUGCCACUCCCAGCACGGCGUUCGUGCCAGCGGACAACUACCUCGUCAUCUGCGGCACGUCAGGGAGCGCCACUGACACCGCCGGCCGGACUUUCGUUGGGGACGGUCGCCUGCCAGCCAGCGCGCUGGCCGCGCCCCAGAGCGUCGAGGCCAACGCAUCGCUGAGCUCCUCCAACGGCGAUGAGCAGGCGCUGUACCAGUCCGCGCGCAUAUUCACGGCGCCGGCUUCCUACACGUUCGCCAUCAAGAAGCCCGGCCGGCACUUCGUGCGCCUCCACUUCUUCCCCUUCCGGUACCAGUCCUACGACCUGGCCGCCGCCGCCGCGUUCAAGGUGUUCGUCCAGGGCGCGGUCUUCGUCGACGGGUCGUACACGCCGAAGAACGGCACUGUUGUCGUCAAGGAGUUCUCGGUGAACGUCACAGGUGGCAGCCUGGUGAUCGCGUUCACGCCGACGGGCAAGCUGGCGUUCGUGAACGCCAUCGAGGUCGUGUCGCUCCCCGACGACCUCAUCGCCGACACAGCGGCGAUGGCGGGCAGCGCUCGUGGCCUGUACACGGGGCUGUCGGCGCGGGCGCUAGAGACGGUCCACAGGAUCAACAUGGGUGCCCCCAAGAUCACCCCGGCCAACGACACGCUGUGGAGGACGUGGCUGCCGGACCAGAGCUUCCAGCUCGACAGCAGCUUGGCCUUGGCUGAGCAUAAGGAGGUGCUGCCUUCGGCGAUCAAGUACACGCCGGUCGCCACACCGUGGACGGCGCCGGUCGGCGUCUACGCGACGGCGACGAAGCAGAGCACGUCGGGGGGCACCAGCACCAUCAACGUGCAGUUCAACGUGACCUGGAGGUUCGGCGCCGUGGCGGCCGGGUCGGACUACCUGCUCCGGUUCCACUUCUGCGACAUCGUCAGCAAGGCGGCGACCGGGCUGGCCUUCAACGUCUACGUAGGCGCGUGGCUUGUGCUGGACAACUACGAGUACUCCCGAGACACGAUCAACACGCUAGCCGUGCCGGUGUACAAGGAUUUCGUGCUGGGCGCCAAGGACGUCAAGGGGGGGAACAUCACCGUGAGCAUCGGGUCGUCGACUGUGGGUGUCAGCAACGUGUCGCCGGACGGUUUCCUGAACGGGCUCGAGAUCAUGAGAGUGCUCGGGAGCGCUGGGGCUGGCGCAGAGCCGUCCAAGCGCAGUUCAAAGGUCAAGACCUGGAUCAUUGCCGGCUCGGCCGUUGGUGGAGCCGCGGUGGCGAUGGCGCUCGCGUUCAUCGCGUUCAGGAUGCUAUGUAGGAAGAGGGGGAAGCCGGAGAAGAAGGCGUCAAACAGCACCUUGUCGCCGUUCUCGGCGAGCGCGCUGGGCUCCCGUUCUCGCAGCUCCGGCAAGAAGAGCAACGGCAACACCAUCGUGCUCGGGCAGAACGGCCUGGGCGCCGGGUACAGGAUCCCCUUGGCGGUGCUCCAAGAGGCCACCAGCGGGUUCGGCGAGGCGAUGGUGAUCGGGGAGGGCGGCUUCGGGAAGGUGUACAAGGGCACGCUGCCCGACGAGACGCCGGUGGCCGUGAAGCGCGGCAGCCGGAAGACGCUGCAGGCGAUGCAAGAGUUCCGCACGGAGAUCGAGAUGCUGUCCCGGAUGCGGCACCGGCACCUCGUCUCGCUCAUCGGCUACUGCGACGCGCGCGACGAGAUGAUCCUCGUGUACGAGUACAUGGCCAUGGGCACGCUCCGGAGCCACCUCUACGGUGCCGACGACCUGCCUCCCCUGACCUGGGAGCAGAGGCUGGAGGCCUGCAUCGGCGCUGCCCGGGGCCUGCACUACCUCCACACCAGCUCCGCGACGGCGGUCAUCCACCGUGAUGUCAAGUCGUCCAACAUCCUCCUCGACGAGACUCUCAUGGCCAAGGUCGCCGACUUCGGGCUGUCCAAGGCCGGGCCGGAGCUGGACAAGACGCACGUCAGCACCAAAGUGAAGGGCAGCUUCGGGUACCUCGACCCGGAGUACUUCCGGCGGCAGAUGCUGACGGAGAAGUCCGACGUGUAUUCCUUCGGCGUGGUCCUGCUGGAGGUGCUCUGCGCCCGCGCGGUCAUCGACCCGACGCUGCCCCGGGAGAUGGUGAACCUGGCGGAGUGGGCGAUGCAGUGGCUCAAGAAAGGCGAGGUCGAUCGAAUCGUCGACCAGAGGAUCGCUGGGACUAUACGGCCACAGUCGCUCAAGAAGCUGGCGGACACGGCGGAGAAGUGCCUCGCGGAGUACGGCGUGGAGCGGCCAACCAUGGGGGACGUGCUGUGGUGCCUCGAGUUCGCGCUGCAGCUGCAGGUCGCAUCACCGGAUGAUUCAGUCAUCGACGGCAUGCCGCUGGCACCUGUGGCAACACCCCAGGUUCAGCGUAUCCAGUCGAUCGCUAGCGUCGCGACUGACACUGCCAUGACAGCGAACUUGGGUGAUCUCGACGGCAUGUCCAUGAGUGGAGUAUUCUCGAAGAUGGUCAAGAGCGAAGAGGUCAGGUGAAGCCUCGUGAACGUUGUAGACAAGAGUAAAGGGCAUGUAUAUCAUUUUUUUUAUUCUGUAGUUCGUACAUUGUAAGCUGUACGUACAUAAUUUCAUGUAGAAGAAAGUUAUACCAAGUA